CCGGAACAGUUUGUAUCACGAAAUCAACGUUCUCGCGGUAUUUAUAGCUGAAAAUAAUUGAGCUCAGGAGGAAUGAAUUUAUUUGUGUUCCUGCUUUACAUUUCCAUUGUAAUGUCUACCGUGAAUUUUUUGAAGGCAAAAAAACGGGUGACGUAUUAUGGUUCUCUAAUUAAGGAUAUUUAUGAGGAAUAUCGUACUGGAGGGAUAAUUAUAGCAAUGCCGGACAAUACUCGGACACGCUUCGCAAGACUAACGAGAGCAUAUGAAAUUUCUAGAAGCCUCUCUAGGGAUGAGAUACCCUCGAUCGCCGUCAAAUUUGAAACAUUCAAAGAGAGAUUAGCUUCCUACACCGACAGAAUUUUCCGCCCUCUCGUUGUAAUUGGAUUUUAUAAAAUGGUAGAAGUUUACACCUUUCAGCAGAUCGCUAAGGAUCUUAUCAUGGGCUAUCCCGUGUGGCUGAUAAUUUUCGCUGAAAAUGCAGAUGCAGAUGUCUGUGAAUAUUGCCGGAAUCCUCAUGGAAAUUUAUUCAAUUUGAAAUUCGACUCGGAAGUACUCGUUUUGUGCUGCGACUCGGGCAUUAUCAAUGAAUGGUGGUCUACAACGGUUAAUCGGACCGAGAGGAAGGAGAUCGGACGGUGGAUCGGUGAGGAUCCGGGGAGAUAUUGGUUUAAUCAUGGAUCUAUUUACGGCCGUCGAAAGUCUCUGGAGGGACGCGAGCUACGGGUGACUGCUGCCAAGGGAUCCGCUUAUAUCUGGAAAGAAAACGGAAAGUACACUGGAUUUUUCGGGGAAAUUCUCAACGAAUUAUCUACAACAAUGAAUUUCACGAUAUCAGAAGUCACUCCGACAGAUGGUUUCGGAAGUUUGAAUCCAGAAACGUCAGAGUGGAGCGGUGUUAUUGGAAGGAUUCAUCGGAAUGAAGCUGAUAUCGGGGUUUCUCCAAUGGCUAUGACUCAUUCGCGACUCAAUGCGGUUGAUUUUACGAUACCCAUGUUCUCUGGAAAGUCAAGAUUGUACGUGAGAAAGCUCGACGGUGCUCGCGUUCAAUGGCAAGCCUAUUUCAAGGCAUUUGCUGUGGAUGUAUGGAUGGUUGUCAUUGGAUUGAUCCUCAUAAUGCCUCUCUUUUUGACUCUCAUCAGAUACAGAAGGGGAAAUCAUCUGUUGUCUCAGGUCAUGGAGCACUAUUCCAAUGUCUGGGGUAUUUACUGUCAACAGGGAUUGUCAAGAUUUCCAGAUGAAAUAUCCUUGAGAAUAGUUUAUCUAUCUAUAUUCAUAUCAGCGGUGGUCAGCGCUAGUGUUUACUCUGCAUCGUUGGUCAGCUUUCUCACUGUCUUCUCUUCGUAUUCGCCAUUCAACACGAUGGAAGAAUUUGCCUCGGACGGUACUUAUGGACUUGUCGUGUUGAAAAAUAGUGCGCAAUAUGACAUGUACAAGAAUUCUAAGGACGCAUUCAGGAAGAGGAUGAUGUCUCUCAUGGCACCUGAAGAGUCACUACCUUCUAGUUUAGCUGAGGGAUUUAGACGGGUUUGCCAGGAGAGAGUUGCGUUUGAAACGAAUGAAGCCAUUAGGAAAACUAUGGCCCACUCAAUAUUUUGUGAAAUAACGGCCAUCGAUACUAAAACUAUUGAAACAUUUGGAAUGAUCACACCACGACGAAGCGAAUACCUCGAAUUUAUCAAUUAUCGUAUCCGGCAGUUUGAAUUGAACGGAGUAUUUCGGCGAUUGAAGAACAAGUACUUCACAAAACCACGUGAAAAUAAAAUUGAUUAUCCAAAAGUGCACGUUGAAGGAGUCAAACCGAUCUUACUCACACUGGCCAGUGGCUUUUUAAUUACUCUCAUUAUUUUCAUAAUCGAACUACUCUUCAGUUGGAUUCAAAACAAGUUACAGAGGAGGGAAAAACAAAGAGUUAUUCAACAACAAACCAAAUAUUUUCGUUUUUCUCAUAGGGCAAAAAGUGAAAUUUACUUCAUUCUCUAGUAUUUCUCGUGUCUGCGCUGCGGGUGUAAUUUUCUUCUCUCAAUAAAAUUCGAUGUUUAUACCGAGGAAAAAUUCAUCUAUUAUUUAUUGCGUUCAAUCCGAUGAUCCGCUGUUGACAUAAUUCCCUGUGAAUAA